CUUGGAGCGUGGGCAUUAUAAGAUGCCUCUUUUAUUACUUUCUUUCCAAACGCGAGGGGAGGCCCACGGACGACCUGUGGGCCGCCUAAGUCACAAGUCGCAGUUUUACGUGGAGGAACGCGACUUGUAACGUACUUUGACCUUUAACCCCUAGCCGGUGCAGCGGAGGGAAACGCCUCCGUCUCUAUAUAAGGACUUUUCCGGCCGGCCCGGGUCCUUUUUUCCCUCUGCGCUGGCCGCUGGUUUGUGGCGCUCAUUUUCCUCCGCGGCAGCCCGGUUCCCGGAUACGGCCCACGCCAUGGGUUUCGGAGACCUGAAAACCCCCGCCGGCCUCCAGGUACUCAACGACUACCUGGCGGACAAGAGCUACAUUGAGGGGUAUGUGCCGUCACAAGCAGAUGUGGCAGUAUUUGAAGCAGUCUCUGGUCCACCGCCCGCUGACCUGUGUCACGCCCUGCGUUGGUAUAAUCACAUCAAGUCUUACGAAAAAGAAAAGGCCAGCCUGCCGGGAGUGAAGAAAUCUUUGGGCAAGUAUGGUCCUGCCAGUGUGGAAGACACAACAGCAAGUGGAGCUGCUGAUGCUAAGGAUGAUGACGACAUUGAUCUCUUUGGCUCUGAUGAUGAGGAGGAAAGCGAAGAAGCAAAGAGGCUGCGAGAAGAACGCCUUGCACAGUAUGAAUCAAAGAAAGCUAAAAAGCCUGCCGUUGUUGCCAAGUCUUCCAUCUUGCUAGAUGUGAAACCCUGGGAUGACGAGACAGACAUGACAAAACUGGAGGAGUGUGUCAGAAGCAUUCAAGCAGACGGCUUGGUGUGGGGCUCUUCCAAAUUGGUCCCAGUGGGAUACGGAAUUAAGAAGCUUCAAAUACAGUGUGUGGUUGAGGAUGAUAAGGUUGGGACAGACAUGCUGGAAGAGCAGAUUACUGCCUUCGAGGACUAUGUGCAGUCCAUGGAUGUGGCUGCUUUUAACAAAAUCUAACAUCAUCCUCAAGUCAGUGCACUUAAAUAAAAGCUUGAAAGAUAA